CUUUUCUCCAUCGUGAACACCCAGAAGCUGCUGUUUCAACAAUGCCUACCACAUCGAGCACUCACGACAAUGGAUUUCAUCACCUGCUUCAGCCUCUCCGCUUGGGCGAUCUCCAGUUGAAGAACAGAGUAGUGAUGGCGUCUUUAACUCGAAACCGUGAUAGCAUUCCACGAGCAAAUCUUCAUGUUCCAUAUUAUACAGAGCGUGCGGGAUGCGGCCUCAUUAUCUCGGAGGCCGCAUUGAUCUGUCCUCAAGGAACCGAAUGGACCUACAUGCCAGGAAUAUAUACAGCGGAACACGUUGCUGGAUGGAAGAAAGUGACCGAUGCCGUGCACGAACGUGGCGGUCUUAUCUUUUGUCAACUGCAUCAUGUUGGACGCGUCGCCCAUCCAGGCACUAGGGUGCAGCGUUCUAUCAAUCAGCCAGUUCCAGGGCCGUCAGAUGUGGCUGCAAGGGGCGGGAAGUUUCGCAACGUACCGGGCGCUCCAGGAUAUGUGACACCAACACCAAUCAAAGAUCCGUACGAAUAUGUCGGUCUUUAUGAACAUGCUACGAAGUGUGCCAAAGAAGCUGGAUUUGAUGGUGUCGAAAUUCAUAAUGCGAAUGGAUAUUUGCCUAUGCAAUUUCUUGAAUCGCAUAGCAAUAAACGCAGUGACGAGUUCGGAGGAUCAAUUCACAACAGGAUGAGAUUCUCGUUCACAAUUCUCCAGGCUCUUACCAAAUACUUCCCUUACAGUCGGAUCGGCAUCAAAAUUGCUCCUUGUGGUGGUUACAACGACAUGGGGGAGCUAGACGAGCAUGGGAAUCCCUCGAUAGAAAAAGCGAAGGAAACGUACGGGACCUUCUGUAAGGAGCUCGAGAAACUAGGUCUGGCAUAUGUGCAAGUGAUGAGAUGGUGGGCUUCAUAUGACCCAAUGAUUGGUGGAAAGCCGCGAGCUGUCGAAUGGGAUCCCAUCGCAUAUUUGCGUCCUAUUCUUAAAAACACUCCACUUUUCGGGAAUACAGCAUUUACUCCAGAGGAAGCGGAUCAGUGGAUACAAGACGGAAAGAUGGACGCUGUUGUCAUUGGUAGACCACUUUUGUACAACCCAGAUUAUGUUGAUAAAUUGACAUCUGGGCGUGCAGCUGAAAUAUAUAAAGAGCAGCCCGGGGACGAAUAUUGGUGGUACAAAUGGCGUAUGAAUGGUAAGUGCAUAGGCAAACUCAUUUACUGA